AUGGAGGACGUCGCAGCGUCCCUCGCGACGGAUGCAACAGAUGAUGACGAACACGAUUCCAAGGAGAGAGUCCUCUUCAAGUACUUCUUGAAAGAGUGGGAGCUUGUUAAAUCCCUACUGGACUGCAUCGCCGCCAAUGGCGGCGUCGCCGAUCCCUCUGACGUGCAGAAGAUCCGCACCAUUGUACGUUUUCCGCUCUGUGUUUUUCCUUUAAUUUCGGUGAAUGUCGCCACCUCGACCAACUAUAAAUCUGGUGCUCAUGAAGAGAUGAAAUAAACAAGUUUUCCGCUCUGGUGUCUGCAGGAUUCAGUUCUCCUAGUGUCUUAGAUGUCCUGGCCCCCAGGCGUUGUGGAAUUCAUUCACAUCGCUGGGAAUGUAAACCCCCUUUUGAAGGCCGUUAGCUGACAACUUGAGUUGAUUCCUCUAGCGGCUACUUCAGUUGUAGACACUCCCGAUGGAGGAUGCAUCCUAUCACCUGGCUGAAUAAUUUUCUGAAUACUGUCACUUGUCAUGGAAAAAACUUCUGGGUCUUAGAUGCCAAUCAGGAGUGGUUUGUGGUGUUCCACAGGACCAGAAUGACGGAUUUUAGUUGACUACUUAUUGCCUUCUGAAACGUAGUUUACUUCUCAGUUCGAAUUAAUACUGAGGGACGAGCGUUGAGAAGUUCAGUCUUUCAAAUGGGUUCGUUAGGCAAGCUGUCAUCUAGAGUUUCGAAUUUUACGUAGUUUCUGUUGCCAAAGCAAAUAUGCCCUAAGAAAUUCAGGGAUAAGAAAGGGUGAACGUAGACAUGGAUUGUAUUUUUGUUAAGAGAUAAAGGAUGGUGAUCAUUUUUCAUUGUAAAUGUGUAAAAGCAAAGUAGAUAUCCGUUCUGAUAGAGUUCCAGUCUCUAGCUUGUCAACCAGACAUGAACUUUUCCGUGAAUAUCCACGGGAUAGUGUAAAUAGCCCCUACACGCGGCUUUGGGGGCUUGUGUUGAACUAUUUGGUUUGAAAGGAAUGAAAUAUUUUUGAGGAAGACUCAUUUUCUAGAGAAUGUUCAGUAUGUUUUAAGGAAUUUCAAUGUUUUCUACUAAACAGAUUUGUAAGUUGUGUUUAAACUUAACAGUCCGAAAAGUUUUUUAUGACACUCUUGCUUUUCAUAUCUGGGUUUUGACGUGGUUAGUUGGCCAUUAUUUUGAAUAUACUUCUAACCUUCGACUAGAAAAAAGGUUGGGCUUGGGGUCUUCUAUUGUUUUUGAAAUAGAGACUAUUUUGUCAAUGAUCAUUCCUCUACAUAAUGCGGAUUUUGUUAAUUUAUUGAGAUAUGAGGUUCAAAACACCUUCACGAAAAUGAUAAUGAUAUACAUGCUGGGAUAAGUGCAACUUCAUGAAAUCUCGACCGGUUCAUGUUCAAUCUAGAUUGAAUAAUUGAAACCAAGUUAAGGCGGUACUCUUCUAUUUAGAUUAUGGAAUCAUCAAACAUCAAGAAGGAUAUCCACAGUGGAUCAGAUACUCUUUUUUUAUCCUCAAGCUUAGUUUAAAUUUCCUAAAAUGACGAAAGAUUGCUGAUUUCAAUCAUACAGAAUAAAUUGUAGCCGAAUUCCUGUCAACAAUUAUACAUUUCUGUUUUGAUUGAACAGUUAGUAAACAGAAAAGGAUAUCUAAACUGAAUAAAAUGCUCUUUUCUGACCCUUCAAUUCAGUUCGAAGUUCAUAAAUACUUUUAGGAUUUCUAUGUGAAUUAUGUGACGAAUAUAACUUGUAACCAACUUCAGACAGCAGUCAACUUCUGUGUAUUGAAGAACUAGUAGCAUUGCUAUUAAAUAUAUACAAGUCCUUUAGGCCAUUGUUUUUUUAUACCAAUGGUUUAGAUUAAUUCAUUUUUAAGAAACCUGUGUACGAUUGAUUUAUCCGUGAUAUUUUUUGUCUUUUUUUUUCACGCCUCAAGUUUUUUUCUUUUGGUUUUUUGGGUAGCAUCUUGAUUGAAUUUAUCUUUUCCAUGCAGAUGGAUAAGUAUCAAGAACAGGGAGAGCUUCUAGAACCUUACCUGGAGAGCAUUGUUUCGCCCUUAAUGUUGAUUGUCCGUUCUAAAACUAUCCAAGUAGGGGUUGAUUCUGACGAAAUUCUUGAAAUCAUCAAGCCUCUAUGCAUUAUUAUCUAUUCGUUGGUCACGGUUUGUGGGUACAAGAGUGUUAUUAAAUUUUUUCCACACCAAGUUUCUGAUCUAGAGCUUGCCGUCUCUCUUCUGGAAAAAUGUCAUACUGCAGUUUCAGUGACAUCACUGCGCCAGGAAAGUACUGGGGAGAUGGAGACAAAAUGUGUCAUGCUUCUGUGGCUGUACAUUCUUGUUUUGAUUCCUUUUGACAUCUCCUCUAUUGACACAAGUAUUGGCGACAGUAAUUAUCUUGGUGGACUUGAGCCUCCUCCUUUGGUGUUGAGACUACUAGGGUUUUCCAAGGACUACCUUUCCAGUGCUGGUCCCAUGCGUAAAAUCUCUUGCCUAUUGCUUGCCAGGCUUAUAACACGUCCUGACAUGGCAAGCGCUUUUCACAGGUUCAUUUCUUUUUUCGUACUCUUUCUAUGGUAGUUCUCUGCCCCAUGAAAGAUUUAUUCUUAUCUUUAUUUUAUGACAUCUAGGUAGAUUCGUAUUUCAUGCAGAACUGUGAACGUGAAUACGAUAUCCAUGUAGGUAUCGUUAAGUUGCUGAUUUUAUUUUAAAAACGAGUUCCUCCUAUUUGUCGAAAAAAUUGUCCAAAUAUGUGUGCUCUUUCUCGUUGAAUGCUUUUGUGACAUUGAUUUGGAGAUAGAAAUUUCAAUGUUGGUGUCCUUAUUUUCAUGAUAUCAUUGGGAUUGCCUUGGUUGUUGAAGGUUCACUCUUAAAUGAAGAGUAAGUUUUCUUAGGCUCACUAAUACUGAUUAGGAUAACACAACAACAAGCUUUUUCUCUCGAAAGUCAACUCGUUAUGAAUUUAAAAUUUAGCUUGCUUCUUUGAUUACCAACUAACUGAAGUGGCACUCAUGAGAUACAGUAUCAGCUUCUUUCCUCAUACCGUCCUUUUUACUGCAGCCAUAUUGAAUCAGUAUAAUAAUGGUGGUUAGUUUGCACUAUAGUCUAUGAAAGGGUGCAUUAUAUGCUGUCCACUACAAUAAGCAAUGGUGGCAAGUGUAACAAUCAUGGGUGUUAGUGUUUAUCUUCUCAUCUUCUGAUAGAGUUUUUGGAAGCGUUUUUGAAAGAUAAAGUCAUCUUCCUUUCUUCCCUUCUCCUGUAUAUUCUUGUAAAUACAAUUUGAGAGAAACACUCUUCGCUUAUUCAUGCAAGCUUGAAAGAAACAAAGUUUGAGAAUUUUAUCUAAAAUAUCUCUAAUAUUCUAUGUAUCUUAUUUAUUAUUGUUACUAAACAGUUUAAUUUUUGUUGGUUCAACCGAUCUCAUUAUUUUCGUAGAAAACAACUCCAGAUAAUGUGAUGUACAGUGGAAAGAGAAAACUUGUGACAUAAAGCGCGAAGACAGCUGCAAUAAAAGAUGAGUAGAGAAAGAGUAUGUAAUUCUAAGGAAGAAGGUAUGGAAGUAAACUUCUAAGGUUUAAAACCCAAAGUAAAACUCUUUUCAACAGCCUCCAACCGAGUUUAAAUAGUCAGCUGUGAAAUGGAAAGAAUGCCAACUCCAGGAUUUUCAAUCUCAGCCCUAUAUUAAUUUCUAAAAAUCAGAUGGUAGUUUCAUAUUUUUAAGUGAUUGGAUGACGAAUGAUGACGAAGUGUUGAGUCCCACUAAACAUGCUCCUAUAUCAUAGUGGAUCUAUCAUGCAAUGAAAUUAUUAUUUACUAUCAUGACUAUCUUCACUGUCCUAUUUCUUGUGAUAGAUGUUCAAGUGUUAGGGAAUUAUCUUCGUUAGUUUUCAGCAUCAUAACGAACCCCUCAUAGAUGGCUUGUAUGGAGCAAAAUAUACAUAAUCGUCAAAUGUCGUAGGAAUCUGGGAUAGGUCCUUAAUUUGACUGUCACAAUUUCAUAUGCUUUAGUAGAAAUUCUGUACCAUAAGGUUGACCUUUUUUUUGCUUUUUACUUUCAGUUUCAUUGAAUGGGGAAAUCAAGUUUUUGUGUCUGUAACAGAUGAAGUUGUGGACCAUUUUAGAUUGCUUGGUGUUGUAGAAGCUUUAACUUCAAUAUUCAAGGUUUGAAUCUUAACAUUUCAGGUUAUGUUUGUGUCCCUUUUUAUUUUUUAUAUCGUUUAUUUUUACAUAGAAUUUAUCAAAUAUAUUUAUUUAAAUGUUUAUCUUAAAGAACUAUUCUCUUUUAUUUCCCAUAUGUUGUAUAUUAGAUAUCACUCAAUUAUCUGAAUAAAUUGUAUUUAUGCAAAUAUAUUUUAUGUGCUGAAAAUGGCUUGUUUUUUUGGCUAACUAGGAAUAAGAACUGACUGCAGUUGGCUUUAAAAAUGGAUACAUAAACCUUCUGAUAUGCAACUUUUUUUAUAUUGCAGGCCAAGAAUCAUUUUUUUCAUUCGUCUCUGCAUUUAUGAAGGACUCUAUUUCAAAAUAUCUCCGGACGCUGUUUUCUUUGAAGGAAAGAAGGCAUAAAAUGUACAUUUAGAUCAGCUCUAAAUGUUUUAAUUAAUGUACAUAAGGAAAUGUUUGUGUACCAAGAAGUAUACUUUUUAACAACAUUACACGAGAUUUAUUAUCUUUUGUCCGGGGAUUAUUCUUUGUUGAAAGUCAUCUUGAAAUGAGAAACUUUCCCCUUGUGUAAGCUGCUUAAUACUCUCUAUGCCUGAGACGUUUACUCGGUUAUCUAAGUUUUGUUUGGAUUUUUUUGGAUUUCCUAACUUGAUUUUUUUAUUCUGCACAGGUUGGUACCAGAAAUAUGUUGAAUAAUGUAUCUACAGAUAUUUGGAGCAAAUCUUCAGUAUUGUUGAAGUCAACUACUGCAUCUCGAAGUCCUCUGCUGCGGAAAUUCCUGAUGAAAUUAUUUCAGAAUAUUGGUCUUGUUUGUCUGCCACAUCGAUCACCUUCAUGGCGCUAUCUGGUUAGUCAAGUCCACGGUUGUUUACACAUCAUUUUGUUUAAUAAAUAUUGAUUCAUCUCUUAGGAGUUAAUUCUUGGCAUAUUUUCCACAUGAAGUUAACUUAAGAGAUUGCUUACUUCAGCUGUUAUAUUGCUUCUGUGUUGACUUUACAUUGACCCAUUUUUUAAUGCAGGCAGUGAAAAAUUCAUUUGGAGAAACCAUCUCAUUGGCCACUAAUGAUAAAGGAGGUUUUUCCUGUUAUGGUCAAACUAUUGAAAAUAAUAUCCCGGGUGAAGGACAUCUUGAGGAAGAUGAUGGGAAUAUUCCAGAAGUAAUAGAGGAAAUCAUUGAACUAUUACUGUCCGGGUUGAGAGAUUCGGUAUGAGUUGAGGUUAAUCACCGUAUUGACUGUCGUUGCUUAAUUAUGUUAAGUUCGAAGACGUCAUACAUCAUAACCUGUUCUUUUUUAUGAAACCAUGUUUACUACGGUCAUAUAGUGCUUCAUUUUUGAAAUAUUUAUUAAUUUCUGAUUUUUUUGCUGGAUUCUUCAUUUUCGGAUUCUUUUUUCCUGAAGCAAUGUGCACUACAGUCAUCUAGUGCUUCAUUUUUGGGUUCUCCGUAAGCUUGUGAAAUAAUUAUAUCCCUGUUCAAUUGUUGAUUUUAUUUGUUUUGCGGAGAAAUUCCUCUUAUCUCUGUAUAAAUUCUGAAAGAAGUUGUCCAAUUAAAUUUGCCAUAUCCAGGCCGAUCCGAUUGGAUUUGCCUGACUAGUGAACGUUUCCUUGUUGAAUCAUGAUAGUAUGGAGGUAUUUUGGAAUACGACUGAUAAAAUGAGGGAUUCUUAAUGGAUGAGUGAAGUUGCCCUACGUGUGUUGAGAGCAGAUUAAGGAAAACAUCUUGCGUCUGGAAAUUGACAAAUGCCUGUGUGUCGCCAUGGAGCAUGGUUUUCAGCAUUAACAUUUUUUAUGCAUGAUGAGUUUUAAGAAAAUGGAAUGUGGAUAACCAAUGUCAUUUAUGAAGUCUGGACAAAAGAUAAAUUAUGUUUUUGAAAUGAUUAAACUAAAAAAAUUCAAGGCUAUUUUAGCGGUAUGUGUAUGGUUCCUGAUGUAGAGGAAAUACUAGGGGAAUAUUAAGGAUAACAGCAAUGAAACAAAAAUAUUAGAGAAAGAAUGCAAAUCUAUAGAAGUAGGAAUGCGGUAAACGAUUUAUUUGUAGCAUUUGGAACCAACAAGAAGGUUCAAAUGCUGCAUAAGGCUGAAAGGCUAUGAAAAAGCUAACUACAGGUCUCCUAAAGAUUUCAAAUGCCCCGCUGCCCAAACUACACAUCCUCACACCCUUAAGAACACCUGGAUUACCCUCAAUUUUCGAUAAAAAGCCAUGUCCUGGCUGCCAAGAACACCUAGAGCACCAUGCUAUCUAGGAACCUAAGAUAAUGGAACGGAACAACAUACUAGAUAAGAUCCAGGUCCCGCCCAGUAUUGGGCCCGAUUUGUUCCUGCAUAAGUUCCCCUCUCCUAAGGUUUUGGGUUUACCAAACAGAUGCUGAAUGCCAUAACUUGUGUGGUAAUAAUGAUAAAUUUGUUUUGGAGAACUCGGUUCUCAAGGAAAACAAAUUUAAUGAUGAGGUAGUCCCCAAAGAUGAUGCUUCUCCAUGGAACCGGAACAUCUUUCAAAUUAUCCCUAUGCCAUGAAGGUAUGAUCUUCAAUGAGCUUCAACUUGUUUUGUCCAGUUCUCUCUGAUCGUACAACAGAUUUUCAAGGGUUGGUUCUCUCCAUAAUAAUCAGAUCGUUGAUACAGAUCUCAGUUUUCAAUUCCUUGCUGCUGCUCUGUUUAGGAUAACUGCUACGUCUUUUUGUUCAUCUUUUUUGAUGAUAUCAUAAAAUUUGCAUAAGUUACUUUCAUCAUGGGCAAGAAGUCAGAGAAAUAUUAUUUUUGUGUUCCUAUGAGAUUCAUGUUACAUUAUUAGCUUUGCAGAAAUAUUUAGUUUACUUUAACUUGAUUUGUUAGUAUCUGGUGAUUCUCUGAUUAUUCAUUCACCGAGGUUGCAACUUUAGUUGGGUCAUGAUUGCAUACUGCAGGACACAGUUGUGAGGUGGUCCGCUGCAAAAGGUAUUGGGCGCAUAACAGCACGUUUAACAGCUUCCCUCUCGGAGGAUGUGUUGUCUUCUGUACUAGAACUCUUUUCCCCGGGCGAGGUUCUUUUUAUUUUUAAUAUUUCAUUUACAAUUUUAUUUCGUUGGAAUGUUUAUAUUUAGGUUCUGUUAAGAACUAUCCACUAGGAUUAAGCAGAUAUGCAGGAUAAAAAUUUGCUAUAUUCAUUUAUUGUUCUGUCUUUUCUGGCGACAGUGACUGACUAUGCUUAUCAUCCUAAUUUUUAGGGUGAUGGAUCAUGGCAUGGUGGGUGCUUGGCUUUAGCAGAACUUGCUCGUAGGGGCUUGCUUUUACCUGCUAGUUUUCCUCGAGUAGUUCCUGUUAUUACUAAGGUAUGAGUAAAGCUUACAUUCCUUUCCUACAUUUGUACUUGGUCUGCACGUUUCAUAUUGACUAUGAAAUAGUUUAAUAUUUCCUUGAAGGUUAUAUAGACCACUUUGGUUUUCGGUGUGAAUAUUUAGAAAAGUUGGCUUGAAUCCAUCGAGUUCAAUUUACUGGCAAGAAGCAGAAACUCACGAAAAGUUUCAAUAGUCAGUGAGAUGCCUAAUAAAGCCAAAAAGUUGUGGAAAAGGCGAAAUUCUUUGCUGAUUUGAGACAAACUUACCUUGAAAUCAGUCACGUCAGUAGCAAGGGCCGAGUCUUCUUAGAGCCUCCUUGGGUUAAAGAUGAUAUCUUGAAUGUGGACAUCUUACUCUGGAAAUUUCUCUACCUCCAAAGUGCCGAUAAGGGUUAAUAAGAAAUUAAUAUCCUGAUUUAGCAGCCUCUAAAGAAAUAAAAAAUGGAAGUGGACCAAAUAAUCGAAGCUAGAAUAAAAGCAUGAAUGUCAAUGUUGGUUAGAAGCUUCACCCAUGGGAGGUGGGGCGUGCUAGGAGUGAGGAGGUGAGCUGGUGUUUUAAGGGUUUGACAGAAGUAAGAGGCGUAGACAUGUACCCAUCGUUGGACAAAUAAACUAUUCUCAUUGCUUUUGGUGGCAAUACAGUCCUUUUAUAACCCUUUCUGGCCUUCCUUUGAACAAGGUCGUAUUUGCCUAGGAUUAAUCUAUCUGAAUUUUAUGGGUCAUUUCUGUCAAUCCCUUCAGAAUUGGCUGAUGCCAAGGCCUAUUUGGCCCAUUGGUCUAUAGAUCCACCCGUUUUCUUUCAUUCCUCUCCAACUCCAAGUCACGUUGGCUUGUAGUAUCAUUAAGGAAGUAGGUGAAGCCACUGUUCUUGACAUCAUGAGUUUCAAAGCGAUAAUCACUGGCAUUGUGCUGAUGAAUUAUAACUAAAAUAAAUAAAUGUGUUUCAACAAUACAUGACUAUUUGAUGGUACCCAAAGGACCAUGAAGUAUUUUGAUGGAGAUCUUUUAACCACGAUGCACCUUUUUUUUGUGUGGGCAUUAUACCAUUUUACAUUUCGAAAAUGCUGAAUUAAUUUUUUUAAAAAUUAGUUUGAUCUGUUCUCAUUUGGUAUGUCCACCAAACGUAAAGACUCAUAUGUAUUGUUGAGACACUUAUAACCCGCCAAUUUGACAAAAUAGCAUUUUUCUUCAGGCAUUACACUAUGAUGUACGGAGAGGUCCACAUAGCGUUGGAUCACAUGUCCGUGAUGCUGCUGCAUAUGUUUGCUGGGCAUUCGGUCGUGCUUAUUCUUACACAGAUAUGAAGGCUGUUCUAAAACAACUUGCUCCGCACCUAUUAACAAUUGCUUGUUAUGACCGUGAGGUGUUACUCAAUUUUGCAAACACAGCCGGCUGUAGCUUUUGUUAGCUUUUCAAUGCUCCAUUUCCGCGGUGUUGCAUUUCUCUUACUGAGUUCUUUUGAACAUUGGUGGGUAGGUUAACUGUAGGAGAGCUGCUGCAGCUGCUUUCCAAGAAAAUGUUGGACGACAGGGAGCAUUUCCUCAUGGCAUUGACUUAGUGAAUACUGCUGAUUAUUUUUCUUUGGCCUCACGAUCAAACUCUUACCUUCAUGUCGCUGUACUUAUUGCCCAACACAAAGAUUAUCUCUACCCUUUUGCUGAAGAGCUGAUACGCUACAAAGUACCCCACUGGGUAUGCUGCUAUUAUCUGUCUGCAUGUUUAUAUUGAAAGUAAACGUACAUUUAUAUCCUAGUGGAGUGAUUGUUCACUAUUUUUGUACUUGUCAGUGCUGUCUUUAAUUAGCCGCGUGGUUUUUGUGGUUUCUAACUCUACUAUUUCAAACGACUUCAGCUAAAUAUAAUAAUUUUGUAAAUCUUCUAUGAUCAUUCCUGCCUUCAUCGCCAUGUAUCCAUCCUUUCAUUUGGGUAGACAAAAACUAUCAGCAGUAUUCUUUUUUUUUUAUGGGAAGGCAUUUUUUUUAUCUAUUACUAUUUCUAUUUUCAUGCACUUUCAUUAAAUGAAAUAAAAUGAAAAAAUGGAGAACUCCUAUCGCUAUAAUAUUAAAUUAAUCUGUCCACAGGGAAAGUAAUCUUUAUUUAUCUUUUCCGGUGCUGUUUUUGAGACGAUAGGAGCUUAUAUAUUUUGUUCUUGCUGGGGUUUUUUGUUGAGGCUUAUGCAGGAAUCUAGUUGAGUUGAAAGAAACUAUAUAGUAUCUCACUAAUUGCGUCAAACUCUAUUAGCAUUAAAUCUAUUUCUUUUAUGAUUAAUCAAUUGAGAAAUCUGUCCAGUUUUCGUUUCCUUUUUUUCCCAUCAGCUUAAUGACUGAAUUGAUCAUUUAUUAUACUGUGUAGUGUGAAGGAUAUAUAUUUAAAUUAGUUGGAUAAUGGGAUCAUAGUACAAUUUUAUUUUCAAGACUUAAAAUGAUUUUUGAGAGUAUAUUGUGAAACUCAAUUUAGAAAUGGAUAUCGUAUACCGACCAGACUGCAAGAGAAACAGUUUUUAAAGUACGAUUUCUCUCUUAUUUGUGGAUCGUGUGAGCAUGCUAAUGCCUUAUUAUAGGUUGUUUAUGGCAGAAACUGAAGAAUUUUCUCGUGAACAGCUGUGAUUUCAUGAUUAAAGCUCACUAGUGAUGAGAUAUGCAAAAUAGUCAAUCCUAACGGCAUUGUCUACUCUCUUCUGUUAGUGAUGCAUGCUUUUAGGUCCUGUUGUUUGUGUAAAAUAUGGAAACCUAACGUGAGCCCUGUUUCCUCCUCUAGGAAAAAAGUUUGAGGGAACUAGCGUCGCAGGCUCUUUCUUCCCUUGCAAAAUAUGAUCAUGAGUAUUUUGCAGAAUAUAUUCUCGAGAAAUUAUUUCCAUGCACUCUCUCCCCAGAUCUGUGCAUGCGCCAUGGUGCGACCUUGGCUGCAGGAGAACUUGUUUUGGCAUUGCACCAUUGUGGAUUUGUCUUCGCUACUGGUUAGUUGUACCUCCUACUUAACUUCUCCACAUAUAUGCUCGACUCAAAAAUAGUGAAGUUGGAUAUCUAUAGUGACGAUAUAGCAUCAAAUUCUUAUAAAACUGAACAUUUAUCUUUUCAUGUCAAUGGUUAUAGACAAGAUUUCGUUGGGUGAGGAUGGCCUAGAGGGCUACUAAUAGUCAUCUUAACAUCAGGCUCAACACCUAAAAAGUCUAGCAAAGGCAUGUGAUCUUGGGUUUAACCUGGCUCCAGCAUGACCAGGCAAAAUCCUCUUCCACACUCCCCUCUGUUCCUUCCCAGCCCCUCCCAUUCCCUCUAGCUUAACCCAUCCCACUCAACAGUUGUUGACAAUAGGUGGAGCAUGUUUAUCUUGAUAUUAUUGGUUUGCUUUUUUACUACCGGAACGAAACUACCUCAUGCACAUGAGGUGUGUGCAUCUUAAGAGUAAUCAUUGAAUAAAUUAACUUGUUAAACUUACACGUGUUCUAAGAGAAAAAUAAUUGUAUCUAUAACAUUUACAUCAUUGACCCCUUAUAACAGUGUUCAAUCAAACUAAUAAGCAUGCUUUGAGUGAGGCAAUCAAACCAGGAGCUGAACCUUAUCUCAGUAAUUGAUGGUGAAUUCUGUGGCUCAAUGAGAAUCAACUCUUCAAUUUCUCGAUCACCAAUCAACUCAUGGGGAUAAAGUUCAUCGGCCGAAAUUAUGAUUGCCAGUGUAUACAGACUAGUCUUAGUAAUGUUGUCAUUUUAGUAUCUCCCUUUCCUAUAAACCGUCACUGUAUUAAUUGUCUAAAGUUCCUAUGAAUGUUCUUUUAUUAUAUGUGGUUGCUUCUCUUUUUAACGUACCGUGAAGUCGUUAGCUGAAAGAUUGGGCGUUAGUUUAGUCAUGUUUGAGUCUUUAUCAAAUUCUCCAAUACAUCGAACUAAUAUUGAACUAACAAUAACGUCAGACUAACUGAAAAUACUGUCACAACUAACAUCAUAAAAGUUGCUUAUCCAACUUUUCUCACCUGUCAUCAUUGGAGCUGGAACGUUAUCCUAACCAGUUAUCUGAUAUUGUUUGUCCGAGAACCGACUUUAUAUACUUCAUCUUAUUUUUUCUUUGAUAUCUGAGAUAGAUUCUUGUAAUUUAAAAUCUGAGAAAAUGACCAUGUAUCUGUUGUGAAUGAUUUCUACCUUUUUUUAUUAGGAUAUACAGUCACAGAGCCUCCCAAAAGUGGCCUUGUGAAACUAAAUAACAAAAAUUACUCUAAUUCUUAUAUCGUUGCGAUUAUAAAUAUCAAUAACCGUACCUUUGUACACAGAUAAACAGAAGACUAUAUCUGGUAUAGUCCCUGCUAUUGAGAAAGCUCGUCUAUAUCGUGGAAAGGGUGGAGAGAUGAUGCGUUCCUCUGUUUCGCGGUUUAUUGAGUGUAUCUCCCUAGCAAGCAUAUUCUUGCCUAACAAGCUUAAAGGGGUUUUACUUGAGACUCUGAAUGAGAAUCUGAGGCACCCUAAUGCUCAGAUACAGGUCUAGUUUUCACAAGGCAUUUUGUUUAGCAUAUUUUUCUCCUGUGUGACAUCUCUUUUUCUUGGUUACUGAAAUAAUGGUCUAUGUUCAGAAUUCUGCAGUCAGUGCGUUAAAGCACUUUGUUCCUGCUUACCUUCUUACAACGAGAGACAAUAUUACGCCUGAUAUUAUGAGUAAGCAUCUAUCCUUAUUGGGUGAUUCUAAUGUGGCUGCAAGAAGGGGAGCAGCACUGGCUCUUGGGGUCAUGCCUGCUGAACUUCUGGUCACAAAUUGGAGAGUGGUGAUAGGAAAACUUUGUGGCGCUUGUAAAAUUCAGGUACUUAGUUCUUAUGAAUAUAAAAAAUAUUGAGAUUUGGGUUCAUAGAUGUAUCCCACAUAACUCUGUGCGUGCCUUCAUAUUUGAAUUUUAUGUGCAGGAUGAUCCUGAUGAUCGUGAUGUGGAAUCACGUGUUAAUUCAGUUCUUGGUCUUGUAUCAGUGUGCGAAACAUUAACCAGUGAAGGAAAAUCUGUCUUUUUCAAUGGUGAUGAAGAAUUACAGCUAUAUUUAUUAAUCAAGAAUGAAGUAUUGCAGACAUUAUUUAUGGCUCUCGAUGAUUACACUGUUGAUAACAGGGGUGAUGUUGGCUCUUGGGUGCGUGAGGCUGCGAUGGAAGGCCUUGAAAGAUCCACUUACAUCCUCUGCAAGAGAGAUUCUUUGGGACGUACGAGACCAUCAGGAGAUAACUGUUUAUCCGACAUUCCUAAUGUUGAAUUAUCUGGAACAGUUCAAACAUCUCAGCUGUUUGAUGCAGAGCUUGCUGUGCGUUUAGUUGGCGGAAUCGCAAAGCAAGCUGUUGAGAAAAUAGAUAAGAUAAGAGAUGCUGCUGCCAGAAGACUUCAGAGGCUCCUACACAAUAAUAACUACUUUGUUCCUUUCAUUCCUCACAGAGAGAUACUCGAAGGGCUCAUUCCUGGUGAAGCAAACUUUCAAUGGGGUGUAAGUUAAUGGCUUAAGAGUUGACUUUACGUUUAAAGUACCAUCUUAUUUACCUAAAUGUUCCAACGUGGGCUGACUAUUGCGGAGUAUAAGAUUUUGGCAUGCUCCUGAUGAAAGUCUGGCAUAUGGGAAAAAAAGGGAAUACCGAAGAACAAUUAGGACAGUUAAAUAAUCACAUCGUGACUUAAUGUAAACGACCCUGUUUGCAAAUUCGGAUUGGCUAUUCGGUACUCGGAAACUGUCAGCUUGUUUUAACUUAGUUGACACUCCUCGAGUUAUUCCUUUUUUCCAUAAUGUUCAUGAAACCUCAUUACAUGAUGUAGUAUCUGUAUUUUAUAAUCUUGUGUGCAGGCUUUCAUUUCUAUUCAUCCACUGUAUUAGUAUGAUUGCGGCAUAUAUGGCCAAAUUUUGAUGGACUAAUUCUCCAUCAACGAAUAGACUUGAUAUUUCUUCGCCAAUCUUUUUGGCGUAUUAGAGUUUAAUUGUUGUGGAAUUGUUAAACUAGCAGUUGCUUUCUGGAAAUAAGUUGAUUGUUUUUUAGUCUUUAGUGAAAGUCUCAGGGAUCCUAUGCAAACUCAAUUCAUAUUUCUUUCAAAAGUUUGAGUUUUUCUGCUAUAUCUUUCAGAAUAGGAAUAUCUACUCCCGACCAGUGGCAGAAAUCCCUUGGUGACACUAUUAUUUGAUGAGUUUUGUGAAAUACUUCGAUAACAGUGCUAUGCAGAAAUCUUACGUAUAAUUUUUAUCAGUAUGAUCAUGCACACAUCUUGGAAAGACCUAGAUUCUAUAUUGUAUUAUAUUAGUGUUAGUUCUACUUCUAAUCAUACAUUACAAUUCAAUUGUACAUGACAUUUAACACAUAUUUUGAGCAAAAACGAUAAUAAAUGGAUCCGUUGGUAAAUUCUAAUGACGUGCAUAUUGGGGGCAUUUUCUCAACAAAAGACAUUCUGAAGUCUCUUGUCCCAUCAUUAUUGACACCAAAUAACAUGAUCACUAUAUUUACUGUUCCAUGAACUAAUGUAUCGCAUUCCUUUCAUUCAGGUGUCUGCAUUGUCUUUUCCUCGUUUUGUUCAGCUGCUUCAGUUCACCUGUUAUAGCAAAACAGUGCUUUCUGGGCUUGUCGUUUCCAUUGGUGGAUUGCAAGAUUCCUUAAGGAAAAUAGCGACUUCAUCGUUGCUGGGAUAUGUUCAAGCAUCUGACUCUAGUAGAGAUACGACGAAAGAUGACAAAGAGCAUGGUCUUAGUGUUGACCUGCGGUGGAUUCUCCAGCAAUAUCAAAAAUGUGACAGAGUUAUAAUACCCACAUUGAAGGUACUUGCGUUGAGCCUAUUAAAAGCUUUUCAAGUGAGGAAAUAUGCACUUCUUUGGUAGAUUUGUUCCAAGGAACCUGAGGGCAGAUGAUAGGAAGAGUAGAGAGCUCAACUUCUGGCGAUUUAACUUAAUAGGUAGACAAAUUACAUCUCAUGGUUUUUGGCGUCUGACAAGAGACCGUUGUCCGAAUUUGGCAUAUAAAUUAAAGGUCGUUACUUAGAAACAACUGCAUUAUUUGAUUUCUAUGUUUCCACAUUGUUCUCAUUUGCCUUGUUCCUGCUUUUCUACGAAGUUUUAACUUUUUAGAAUGGUGAUAUCUUGGCGGAGGGUGUCAGAGGUUUGACUCUUCUGGUGAACUGUUUUCAGAUGGAAGUCCUUUGUUGAAUACGAAAGAGUUUCCUUUGUCAAUCUCACAAAUGAAAGUUUCAGGUUUUUCUUUCCAUAAAAACACCUCAACUGAGCAUAACGACAAUCCUAUCUUGCUUUACUUUUAAGUCUUUGUUGCAUUAUUAAGAAAAAUCUUGUUGGUUUCUUAGGUAGAUGAAAGCAUGUUAGUCUCUGACAAGUUGCUUCUGGUUUUUCUUUAUUCCAAUCUUUAGCACCAUUGGUUCAAAGUUUGUUCAGUAUGUUAAAAAUGCGGCCUCAUUCUAUUUUUCCUAAAAUUAAAAAAGUUUAAUAGAUGAUAUAUCUUAUUUUUUUCAGACUAUUGAAAUUCUUCUCAGCAAAAACGUCUUCUUAGGCAUGGAGGUCAGUUCAUCAUUCUCCCUUCUAUUUUUCAACUACUAUUUUUCUGGAUACUAAUUCACUGGUUCAAGGAUUGAUGGAACGGGCAGCUUUUACGGAAGUGAUUCAAAGAUCUCCAUGCUUUCCAAUGAUAUUUUUGAGCUGACAACCUCUUAAUUUCUCUUGACAAACAGGUCAACACGCAGCCGUUUUUCUUAGCCCUGAUGGACUCACUCGUAAUUGAACUGAAGGGAACCAAGGACUUUUCUAAGCUGCUUACUGGCCUUUCCAUUCUUGGAUACGUUGCUUCUCUUUCUGAGCCUAUAAAAUCUCAAUCGUUUUCUCAGAUUCUAUCAUUCCUUGCCCACCGAUACCCAAAGGUAACCUCUUUACUAAUCAUCAGUCGAAACUUUGUCCCAGAUAUUAGCCUUCUCUGAAGUUUUUUUCUAAGAAAAACAUGCUAUACAUUACCCUAUCAUUCUUGUGUUCAAUCAUGAUUAAACCCCAAAAUAAUCUGGCACUCACAUGUUGUGGCACCUUACAGAUACGCAAAUCAGCAGCCGAUCAGCUGUACCUUGUCCUACUUCAAAACGGCAAUUUAAUGGCAGAGGAUAAACUGGGAGAAGCGCUCGAAAUUCUCACUGAAACCUGCUGGGAAGGGGAACUGGAUGGAGCCAAGCAUCGGCGGCUAGAGUUGUGCAAGUUGGCUGGCGUUGAUAUCUCAACCCAUCCUAACAUCAGCCGAGGAUCAAGCAAGAGUUCUGCAAAGAAUGCCUUCACCGAUGAGAAUUCGUCCUACUCCUCGCUCGUGGGUUCCUCUGGAUUUUAA